AUGCGCGCCGCGUCCUUCUUUUCGGCGCUGUUCGCAGCGACCCUCGCAACCGCAGCCGAGGCGCGCCUCGCCAAGGUCUACGUCCAGCCCGUUUCCCUCACGAGCACCUCGCCCUCCCUUCUCGCCGAGGUCGACUACGACGUAAAGCAACCCUCUGAGGCAACCGUCCCCUCCUUCGAGUUCCCCGAGCUUCCCGACGACGGCGCGAAGCUCGUGCGCGUCGGUGUCUACGACCCCAAGACUGCCAAGUGGAUUUCCUCUGUGUCCGUCGCCUCGACAGAGAACUUCGCCAAGGGGUACCAGCCCAACAUCCUGCUCAGUGUCGAUGCCGAGGGGAACGUCAUCGGGGCGGGUCUGAAGGGCGUGAAGAUUGAUGCGGGUGCUACGAGGGAUUUCGGACCGCAGGCCGUUGUGAAGGUUGCUGGGCACGGAAAGACGCCAGAGCUGAACAAGCCUAUCGUGCUGAGCCCCGAGGGAAAGAAGGUCGUGCAGGAGGAGAAGACGCUGUUCCAAAAGUACUGGUGGGUGGCUGCGAUAGUUGUCCUCAUGACGGUUACGGGUGGCGGAGACGGAAAAUAG